CAUCUUUACGAAGGUUUUCUUAUAGUUAGCCGGUUUUCCAGAACCGAACACCAGACUUUAUGAUGACAUAAUGCCGGUUAAAGUUGUCCGUGGCUGCUGACGAAGUGUAACACUACGAGCAGUCCGACCUCCCGCUUUCUACGAAGCCAUUAGGGCGAAAUGACGUUGAAUUCGGCUUUUAAAUACAUUUCACCUGACACGUGCGUGUUACAUAAGUAAUUGUUGUUUUUAUAACGGUGUUUUGGUCGCGUGGUUUAUCGCUGCCACGCGUCACGGCCUCGCCGACUGGUCACGUUAUUGUGCGAACCAGAUUUGGGUUUUUUUGUACACGUGCGCGUGUUCCACGUAUGACAUACGUCAUAAUACAUAAAUAUAUAUUUGUUAGCUUCACCAGCGAUGAUCCACGUUAAAUAAUCGACGUUUAACGAGUCGGGUGUUAAACUGACUGCAUUGUAAAUGUCAUUUGCUGAUAUAACAAUCAUAACAAUUCUCUCGUGACAUUACACACAUUAUUUUGUAUUAACUUUCUUAGCUUCAGAAUUGGCCUGUUGUAAUGUGUUGUUCUUAAUCUAAAUAGGUGAUACACUUCAUAUUAGGGCUUCGUAGUGAAGCUUCCAGACACCUGACCUUUCCUCUAACAGCACCAUGAGAUGACUUUGAGGCCCGUUUCAUUCGUCGAGGAUGGCAGAGCCGCCAAAUAGGACCAAAGCCGCCUCGUGGGGGCUUUUCGGCAACUACCAACCCGCGCCGCUUCACGCCAUGGAGGACGCAAAGACACGGCAGCACAACGUGACGGUCGCCAACGCGAAGAGGAAAACGACCGACGACCACAACGAGCUUCUGGGUGCAAACCAACUGGUCAAAAAAGCCAAGUGUGGCGACGCGAGCCCGGACGGCCGAAGAUCUCCGAACUCUGACGACGAGAUCGCCGAUGUUUCCAAACCCGGACUCGCCGAGCCCUUGAGUUUAGUCUCGGCCCUGAGAGACAGCUGGGAGAUGGACAGCGGUUUCUCCUCCGAGGCGAGUCCCCCGGUCAGCGGGCGGAGCUCGCCGUACCUCAACUCGUGCCCGACCGCGGUCGUGGCGUUGGACUGCGAGAUGGUCGGCACGGGGCCCGGCGGGCGCCGCAGCGAGCUGGCCCGCUGCAGCGUCCUGGGUUACCACGGCAACGUGCUGUACGACAAAUACGUCCGACCGUGUCGACCCGUCACCGACUACAGGACCCGGUGGAGCGGCAUCCAGAGGCAUCACCUGCGGGACGCCAUCCCCUUCGCUCAGGCCCGGCAGGAGGUCCUCUGUCUACUGCAGGGCAAAGUGGUCGUCGGCCACUCCAUCUACAACGACUUUGAGGUGUUGGACGUGCUCCACCCGGGUCACAUGGUCAGGGACACGUGCACGACGCACCUCCUCAGCCGCCUGGCCGGCUUCCCCAGCGAACGCUGCACCUCCCUCAAAAUCUUGGCCGUCCGGCUGCUGAACAGGAAGAUACAGGUGGGGCGGAGGGGUCACUGUUCGGUGGAGGACGCCCUGGCCUCCCUCGACCUCUACAAGCUGGUGGAGGGCGAGUGGGAGAGGGAGCGCCUGCUGAGGGGCGGCAGCGUGGCGCAGAGCGUCGCCGCCUCAAACCACUACAUGCAGGACCAGUACUGGCCGGAUGAUGUCAUCCCUCACAGCCAAUGAGAGCAGAGUGUUCAAAACGCUCGCGCAACGGAUCACGUGGUUAUUUACAGCCGUCGGAGCGACUUCAGAUUACUAAUAAAUUGUGUAAAUUCUGACGAGAUGACAUAACUUUAUUGCCUGAAAAUGCUAACUUAUUACUCUUAAACAUGUUAGACAUGAUUGAAUUUCCUAACGACGAUACUUCUUACAUGACGUGUUCCUGCACAGACUUGUCGUCGGUGCUCGUCUCGUGAAUAUUUCGGGGCUCUUACUUAAAGUGACUUGUUGUUGUUGUUGUUGACGGGACACGGAGCUGAUCUCGAGCCACCGAAACUAUUUUGGAAAACUGCUUUUUAUUUAUUUUUUUUAAAUGCGGCUGUGAUCUCACACGUUUUUAAGAUGUUUUUUUCAGCGUCUCCAAGGCAACAGGGAAACGCCUUUUUAAGAAGUGGUCAAAGCUGCCUCCAUGUGGCCUUUUAGAGUAGCCGGUGUGGAUCUUGGUGUUUGGUGUUACCUGUCGGCUGCUCUUCUUAAAUGUCCGAAUAAAAACCCAAAAAAGGGAAUCUGGUUCAAAUGAAA